UAAUGUUCAUUUUUUUCCGUCCACGGUAUUGCAACUCAUCUUCGCAUUACUUUGCAUAAAUAUUUUUAUACUUUAUCAAAGAGUUCAGAAGUCCCAGAGACUUCUGAAUUCUUUGACUUUAUUCACUUUAUUUAAAAUUCUGCGAUUCAGUCACGGAGGAGUGAUAACCAAAACAAACGCUAUACUACACGGACCAAAGUAUUAAUCGAUAACCCAAUCGACAAAUUAGUUACAGUUGGACAACCGAACGAUAUUACCAAGUUUUCUUUGAAACGAUUCUGUAUUCUCUUUAAUAUGAAUUUAAGUAUUUUGAGGCUAGGUCCAGUACUCAAACCUACGUGGCAGCGUACAUUGCAGAGGCAAGAAUAACUUCGAUAGGACACGUUAGGAGGAGACAAGAUAAAAUGUAUUCUACGCUAAAUGUUUGCAUACCCAAGCCUUUUGUAUACCAAGUGGAGUUAAAUAGACCAAAAAAGCUGAAUGCAAUGAAUAGGGAGAUGUGGGAAGAAUUUGGAUUGUGCUUCAAAGAAUUGGGAAACAAUCCAGAUUGUAGAGUCAUCGUUUUGUCAGCUGCAGGAAACACAUUUUGUGCCGGAAUUGAUCUGCAUGACAUCUUGGGACUCGGACAGAAACUAGUGGAACAAGAAGACGUUGCUCGGAAAUGUAAAGUUUUAGAAAAAGAAAUAAAAUUAUAUCAGGAUUCGUUUACAUCUAUGGAGAAGUGCCAAAAACCUGUGAUCGCGGCAGUGCACGGAGCCUGCAUAGGGGCAGGAAUGGAUAUGAUCUCUGCUGCCGAUAUUCGAUAUUGUUCCUCGGAUUCAUGGUUUCAAAUAAAAGAAGUUGUAAUAGGAAUGGCUGCCGAUGUCGGAACCUUGCAGAGAUUUCCAAAAAUUAUAGGUUCCGAUAGUCUAGCGAGAGAACUUUCGUUUACAGGCCGCAAGUUUCCUGCUGCCGAGGCAUUACAAUGUGGCUUUGUGAGUCGAAUAUGUGACGAUGCAGAAAGUUUACUAAAUGAAUCGUUUGCUCUUGCUGAAGAUAUUGCCAGUAAAAGUCCAGUUGCUGUCCAGGGAACAAAAAUUAGCCUCGUAUACUCACGUGAUCACUCUGUUGAAGAAGGUCUGGAACACAUUGGUAUGCGGAACCAAGUAAUGCUGCAGAGCGAAGAUUUUAUAAAUGCGGCAAUGGCACAAGCAUCUAAAGAUAAACCACCAACUUUUGCGAAACUGUAAAAGCUUAAAAUCCUUGAUAAAUAUUUUGAUAAUUUUUUAAUAGUUUUUAACCAGAAUUGUGAUAAAAGGACGAUAAAUUUGUACUAUUCACUUUUUUCUAUAAAACUAAGGAUUUAAUAGAACAGUAAAUGGUUUAGUACACUUA